AUGUUCAAACAUGCAGCUUCAAAAUUGUGUGAAGUUUAUGAAAAAGAGGAAAUGUCCGAUGUGGCGGCAAUUUUCUCUUUCACCGUGAUGAGUUUGUUGUGUGUUCUUGGUGCAAUCGGAAAUAUUCUCGUGAUUGUGGUUUAUUGUGUACGUCCUACCAGAUCAUUUAUUCGCCCAUUCAUAGUGAUUACUCCACCCAACGGUCAAACUAAUAAUGCUCAGCCAACCGGUGAAACUCCCGUAUUGAAUAAUCAGACAUCAGUACCGAUCAUAUGUGAUUCACCUAUAUCAUUCAAAUCCCUGCAUCAUCGACGUACAUCCAAUUCCCUACAAACACGUCUGAUUCUCCUAUUGGCUGUGGUUGAUUUGGUCACUUGUCUGUUGAUUCUUCCCUGGGAUAUAUUACGCUCCGUUCGAUUUGCUGUGGGCACUGCUUCACGCAUGAAUCAAUCUGAUGAGUAUGCGCCGAUCGAGUUCACCAACUGGAAUCAAACCACCGCCUCAUUUGCCGAUGUGCUUGCUUUUAUUUGGUCCAAUGAUGCACUCACAGAGAUUCUCAGACUAUUACGUAAUGUUGCAUUUGCUUGCGAAGGAAGUAUUCUAGCCGCUAUCGCCGUGGAACGUUAUUUAACUGUCGUUGGAAGUGUUCGAUCUAUAUGGAAAGAAUGUGUUUCAAUCACUCACUGUACUCCAUGCACACACUUGUGCGAUAGAUAUAGAAAACAUGGACAGAAUCCGGGUGUGGAAACAGAAAAUAAUUCCCAGUUGUCCAACACCGAUCAAUAUUGGAAUGAGGAGAGUUUCGCACCGUCCGAGGUGUCCAAAUUAGACGCGGAUCAGAUGAGCACAACACAAGCAUCGGGCAAUUUUCGUUGGUCUACUCCAAGUAUAAACAGACGAUGCUGUUGUAGUUCCGGUGACCGGUGUGGAUGUCAUAUGACUUGUUCCCGUGGUACUGUAUGUUCGAAGCAAACUUUCAUAUGGAGUUUGAUCCUGGCGCUUUGUUUAAGUGUACUGGCUUUGGAAUUGGUUAUUAUUAUGUUACGCCUCCGUCUCGGUGCCUGUCGGCUAUCGAACAGUUUACGCGAGUACACUGAUAAAAGUUAUAUCAUGCUUACUUUAUUUUCAUUUGUUUUAAUUUGUUAUUUGUAUUUAUGCAUAUUUAUUACUGUACGUCAAACAGACAUGCGGAAAAACAACUGGUCGUCCAAACCCUCAGCGAUGAGUGAAUCGCGAACCAGUCGCCCGAAUAUGACAGCCAAUGCCACUCGAUCAGUGAUCGCCACAUCCCCAUUUAUUCCAUCAUCUAACCUUGAACUGGAAACCAGAGAUACGGCCAUUGAAACACAAACUCCGUUCGAAAUGGCUCGGGUUUACAAAUACGUAAGUUUUGCUACCGGUUCCCCGAGUCGAUUAGAUCCACCCGUGGUGAUUGAUCCGACCACGAGUACUCGAUCAACAUCCACAGUGAACUGUUUUCGACCACGCGAAGAGGGCCUGACCGAUACCGUGCAGGCACUGACAAGGCCCAAUCCAGUUCCAGCUGGUUUGCGGUAUCCUCGAGCAAAAAGUCCAUUUCUUCGAAGUCGUCGAACCGGGCUAAUGUUGUUCACUUCAACAGUUGUAUUCUACGCAACUCUGCUCCCGUUGCUUUGGGUUCAUUUGAAAUGGUGGUUGGAGGAUAGCGAUCCCAGCUCGCAUUCUGCUCAAGGACAUUCGGGCAUGGUUGUACACCACGAAUUCUACUAUGUGAACAAUGCAAUCAAUGUAUUUAUCUAUUCCAUGUUCAACAGUCGAUUUCGUGAACGUUUACACAUGGUUUGUGCGAAAAGAGUAAGGUACUAUUGA